GUGCCUUCCACACCCCUCCUACAUGACUGACUGCUCUCGGCUCAUCAUAUCACGUGAUCCGUAUCUCUUGGCGCUGCGCUGCCCGCGUUUGGAGAAGUCGCGGUAAGUUAGAGAAGUUCAAGUGAAAGUCAAGCGCGACCGACCUACAGCCUGGCGCCGGGCAACUGACGAGGUGAAACCAUUGAGUUCAGGACCUGCCGCAACCAUGCCUCCCUUUAAGGAUGAGCAUGUGCUCAUCAUUGCACCAGGCUCGCAAAUCACCGCCGCGCAACUUGGCCUCCCCGAGUCCUUCACUCCGCCACGGUACCGUUUCCCUACUCGAAUGUUCCCUGGCGCAAAACCUGGAGAAUGGGAACCUGUGCGGAUACGUUCCAAAAUCACGACCACACGAAAGGAGCCACCACCACAACCACAACUUGGUCAAAACGGGGAUGCGAAUGUCGAACCACCUGUCACUCACCAGGGAAACGGUGUACCGGCCGCUUCAGAGCAGAAAAUUGCUGUGUCCGCGACUACGCAUCAAGCACAAGCCGCGCAACCCACUGGCGAUGCUGCCAACGGUCAGACAUCCGUCGCAGAGCAGGCACACGUCGAACCAUUACCAAACGACCAGAGUCAGAACGAAGUCGCUUCCUCUAUUGAACAGCCUAAAGCCGAACAAAGCACCUCCGCACCCGCGCCAUCGGGGGAUGUAGACAUGAACGAAGCUCCUACGGCGCAGGAGACGACAGACGAACCCAAACCGGAAUCCGACAAGCCGGACACUGAGAUGACGGAGGGCGCAAAGCAGGAAGAAACCAAACAAGAGCCUCCCUCUGCUCAAGAGACGAUAGCUGGUGCGAAGCCGGAGCCAGACACGGAGAUGAAGGAGGCACCACAACAAGAAGUUCCCGAAGAAGCAGAGGAAGAGACAACAGAAUCCUUUGAAGAUGACCCCUGGAACACAGAAGGCGCCGUUUACCCUUUACAAGAGGGUCGCAUCGACAAUUGGCCUUGCUUCUUUGCCCUUUUAUCGCACAUCUACAACAUGAUUUCACCUCCUUUCCACAUGCCUGUGUUAUUCGUUUCACAACCUUGCUGGUCUGCGCGAGACAAUGAAUUGAUCACUCAGUACGUCUUUGAGAAUUGGAAGAUUCCCGCUUUUUGUCUCAUGGAUGCUGCUCUCACUGGGAUCUAUGCCUACGGUAUACCGACAGCAUUGGUGGUUGAUGUUGGAUACGAAAAGUGCGAUGUGACGGCUGUGACAGAGUAUCAGGUCAACGAAAUUGGUCGAGGCGCUGGUCUGAGCGGCUGUGGUGGACGAACCAUGACGAAGAGACUGCAACAAGUUCUGGAGCAGCAGGGAUUCAACGAAGAUAUGGCUGAGCAGUUAAAGAAAAGUCCUAUAUGCGAGAUUCUUCCAGCUGGAACGGCUUACCCACGAGCAGGGCCCAAUGCUGCAGCUCCCAAUCCUGCUGCUGCUGCUUCCACAGGAGCCUUGGAUUCGGGCGUGAAUGCCAAGGAUGUCGAUGGGCUGAGACCCGGUCAAGCACCUAGGGGUCCGGGCACGGGCACUAUGGUCGGCGAUGAGGCAACGAAUGGGGAAGAGGACGACAACGAAGGAGUUUUGGACGUGGCAGCUAUUGUUGCUCGCGAUAACGCCGCCGAACUCCUUGCGAAGCGAGAGAAGGAGAAGGCUGAGAAAGCGGCUGCGGCCAAAAAAGGAGCUGUUGCUGAGGCUCAAAGACAGCUCCGGCUAAGGAACUCGGAGAAAGAGCGUGCAAGUUUUACGUACACCGAGUAUCUUCCAGUCGAGGAAAGCGGUGACGGUGAGCCGACCAGUCGAAAACGAAAGCGCGAGAUUGAGGUUGGCGUGGAACGAUUCAUGGCGGCAACACCUCUGGCCGGAUCUGCAGAGGGUAUCAUUGACACCAUCGCAGAGGCGAUGCAUCACGCGGUGCUGAGCGUACCCGAGGUCGGUUUGAGAUCAACGUUAUGGGAGAACCUGAUCGUUCUUGGUAAUGGAAGUCGUAUACGAGGCUUCGCAUCUAGCCUCAUAUCCGCUCUCAACUCGAAAUAUGUCUUGUCGCCUUCGACCGCCACUAUCUUCACCUCGGAACUGCCCUCGAAUUUUACUACUCCUGUAGCCACACCAGGCACAAAUACUCCCAUUCCCGGACAAGGUGGACAACAAUUGCAUCAUCCAGGAGGUGGCGUCAAUCCUCUUCUUGUCGCUGCGACGAAGAAUAUGAUGCAGCCGAACCAGCACCUGCAAGUUCCUGGACAGGGCCAACCUGGUCAAGACUUGGGAAUGCAAUAUCAUCACAGGGGGUUCAGCCAAUCUCCGACAUCGAUAAAGACUGUCAAGGCACCAGAUUACUUUCCCGAGUGGAAGGAUCCGAGUGUGAGUGGAAUGGAGGAAGCGGCCUUCCUGGGAGCACAAGUCGCUGCCAAAGUCGUGUUUAUCGUGGAUCAGGGUAACAGUAAGGGAUUCUUGACGAGAACGGAGUACAAUGACUUGGGACCGGGUGGGAUUCACGAGUGCGCAUUAUGAUGUUCGUUCUUGUGAUUGGGGACAAGGUUGUCGGACAUUGCAGUAUCCUGAAAUUAGAUGGUUGGGUAGCCGUCUGCAUUCUGGGCGGGUUUUCUGGUCCCGGGGCAUUACCAAAGGUCUAGUCUGGAUGGGUCACGAUGGUGGAGUAAAUAAAGAAUCUGGACAGAGCAUGGUGUCAAAGGACAGUAAAAUGGUCGGCUUCCACGUCGUGAUAGGGGUCUGACUUGGAAGAUUGAAUCAGAACAUGCAUUUAUUGUGAGACUGUGGAACACUGUUUUCAGUCCCUUGUAGAAAGCCGAUCAAGUUCGUCCUUGCAAGACGCAGUAUCUAGAGGCUUUUGCG